GCUGGGGAGACUCAGAGACAAUCACAAAAGCAGUUUCUAGUAACCACUGGGAUUUAAAGAUGGAUUUCAUUCUCUAACUUGUGCACUUUCCUUUUGCAGACAAUAGUGAAGUUGGAACCAGCUAUUAGGGAACAAAUGACUUAUCCUCCAGUUCUUGGAGUGAAAUGCGGAUUUACAUCUUUCCUUGAAUAAUUAGCUUUUUCCCCAUAUGCCUAGCGGAAAUGCUGCAAACAGCUCAAAUGAGGCCUGGACUACUGGCCAAGCAAAACAUCAGCGAAAAUGAAAUUUUGGCCUAUAGUACAGGCCAAGGAUCUCCUUUGCCUGGGGAAACAGCCAGCCCCCGAAGCUGUUUUCAGACCCCAUGCUUGCCAGACUCUGGAUUAACAGAAUUUAAUGUUGCAAGUCCCAAGAUCGCUCCUCUUUCCUCAGGUAAACAGCAGAAGAUGUCUGCUCUGACCGACCCUGGGCUUAGCGCUGACCCCCCUCAGAGGCAGUAUGUAGGUGUGAGGGUAAGACUGCCCGUGCGGGAACUUCUGCGAAAGAUUCGCCUUUCCAAAGGCAUGGACCCCAAUGACACCAAGGAUGAACAACAAACAAAAGUAACUAAAGGAUGCCCAGGAAGAUGCUCAGGAAGAGCAGAAAAAAGAAGAGCUCACCCUUAUACAGAUAAACAGCUCAGACAGAGCAAGAACUGUUCUGGGAAAGCACGAAAAGCCUUGGAGGACCUUGACAUCCUGGUGGAGGUACUGGAGGAAGAUUUGAACCGCAGCCAGUCUAAGCUAGAGUCCCCGAGUCCUCAGCCAGCCUGCUUCACUGUCUUCCCAGACCUGCCAUCUGCUUGGUGGGAAGCUGAAGGCAGCACCUCACUAGCUGGUAGCCCGCCAGAAAGCUGCCAGGACUUGACAAAAUUUCAGCCAUGCCAGCUGUUCCCCAGUUGUAAUGCACUACUGAACAGACAGGCAGAGAAUUAUUACGAGGAUGAUUAUACAAAAAUGCAACCCCCAAGGUCCUUGGAAGUACCACUCUCAAAUCCAAGCAAGGAAGAGAUCAGCUGGCAGAUGCAAGCCACAUUAGCCAAGUAUUCCCAAAGGAACUUCCAGGAACUUUCUGGACAAGACAGGCAUUUCUGCCACAACCUGCCUGGACAAAGGCCAGAGAAGAUUGUGGGAACUAGUCCAAACUCCCUAGACCGUGUGGCACAUUUGAAGUCAACUUUGGGGGCCCUCUCAUGGCAGGACCUUUCUACUGUCUCUUUCUUCCAGUUCCAGCUCCAGCGGGAAGAGAAUCUCCUGAGAAAUAUCCCAGUGGACAAGUUGCUUGCACCUGAUGAAAAUGGAAACAGGCUGCUGCACAAAGCUGUUACUCAGGGAAAGAGAGCACUGGCUUAUGCACUUGCACGGAAAUAUGCGUGUCUGAACAAAAUUGAUGAGAAGGACGCAGCAAAACGGACUGCUUUACACCUAGCUGUUGAAAAGAACCAGCAUCUGAUGGCCAGUGACCUGAUUUCCCUGGGAGCCAACAUCAAUGAACAGGACAGUUUGGGGAAAACACCACUCCAUCUCUGUGCAGAGAAUGGAUACUUGAGAGUUUUGGAAGUUCUGAGAAACUACAAGGCAAGGGGCCUGCAAGUGGAAGUGAACGCACCUGAUCAUUAUGGUUUAACCCCAUUACACUGUGCAGCACAUGCUCACACUAUCUUGAUGGUGGAGUCCCAAAGAAACAACAUCACCACCGAUGCAAGGAGGUUUCUCAAGUUGCGCAGAGAUCAAAUUCUUGAGGGAAUCAGCUGCUUACUACAAAUGGGUGCAGACCGUGGCCUGCAGAUACUGAAAUCCUAUCAAACUGCCACUUCCUAUUUAAAAGCCCAAGAGAAUCAUGAGCUGAUGCUUUUCCUGCAGUCUCACAGCCACAUGAGGCAGGACUUUUCUCAAGAGGGCUGCAGCUUGCCGAGCAGCCCGAGAGGAAUGAUCUUUCCAGACUUACCAGAAGAAGUUUCUGAGCUUCUUCCCACUUUAAACGCAUGCUCACAGAUGUUUGAUAAAAAAGGGAAAUGCUGCUAAGGCUCAUUAUCCCCCUCUCAUGGUGGUGAGAGGCAGCUGUUGCUGAAGAACAGCAGAGAACAGACAGUAAUAGUCUUUGAAUUUGUCAUGGCUUGUGCUACUGCUGAAGACACCUCCUCAGUAGAGGCUAAUAGUAGGGGAGAGGGAAAAACCCUCAAGCUAAAUUUGUUCUGAGAGACAUCUAAUGUCAGAUACCCCAGUCAAUGUAAAGCAACCUGAUUUUCUUUAAUGAUGCUGAGCACCUGGCUGCCACUGACAAAGCAGCUGUAAGCGCUCUGCACUUUGAAAACAGGCCAUUUCUGCGUUGAUGCCUACUUUUGAAGAUACUGGCCUACGUCCCUGGCAUACAAUCCCAAAAGUGCCAGGGCAAGAUCAUCUCCUAUGGUAGACACUUGAUUUUCAGAAGUGCAGACCUCCUGCUGUAAUGCUGGAAGUCUCUGUGUGCUACAGGCUCUUAAGGAUUGAGCCAUAGUGCUGCCAUUGUUUAUCAAGUUUUCCCCUCCAAUUUAGCUUUAAAUUUCUCCAAGAAUGGAGUACGUCACAGAUUUUUAAUAGCACUCCCUAAAAGAAAAAAAUAAAUCCUAUAACUGAGCAUGUGUUUUCAGCUAAGGCCAAGCUUUUUAUUUAUACAAUCAGAGUUUGAACACAACAAUAGAGUAUAACUAGUCUGGAACAGGAAACUAAAAUUUUAAAAAUUGUAAACUGCCAGGAUUCAUACAUUAGGGGGGAAAAAGUCUCUUUCACGUACUGUAUAUAUGAUUAAAUAUUUAAUCACCGAGUCAGUUUAGAAAGAUAAAUUAAUAUAUAUAAUAUAUGCAUAUUGAAAUGAUGCUAACAAAUUUCUAACGAUUCUUCAACAGAAAAUUUCAAAGAUUUGGUAACUACUUUCCCCAAGCCUUAAUUCCUGGUUUCAGAUAUAGUGUUACUUUAUUGUAAAUUCUGAUUGUGAAUUAACUGGUUUCUAUGAAAUUUCCUUGUUUGCUACAUCUGGAGCAAUCUAUAAAACUCACAGAAGGAGUUAUUGAAUAGACGAUUUGCAGGUACCUUCUAUCGUAAUACAUGGGAGGGUUUUUUUGUGUGUAAUCGUGGUAGGAUCAGGUUCACAGAUAACGAAGACUCAGAAUGUCAUUUUUAUUAUUACUUUCAUGUUGUUGCCAUUCACAUGUCUUAUUCCUCAUCCAAGUAUUAAGCUCUAGGAGCUAUUGUGCAUAGAACUGAUCCAAACUCCUUUGAAAAUAACAAGUAGAAAUAUUUUCCAACUUCCUUCAAUAGGCUUGAAUGAGAUGCUCAAUGUCUUGCAACUUAAUCAACUCAGCAGUGCUCUUCUAUAUAGCUUUGUUUUUUUAUAUUCCUCCAGAGUAAGGAAGAGUCCAAAUAAAAAUGCUAAGCUCUCCAACUACAUCAUUAAGUCUAUUUAAAAUAACUGUAUACUAUCAUUUGCAUAAACUAGCUAUACAAGUUGA